AUGCACUUCUGCCCGCACUGCGGCAGCAUGCUCCAGCUUGAGAGCAUCAGCGAUCGGCUUCGCUUCUUCUGCCAGACGUGCCCGUACGUCCAUCAGCUCACGACCAGGGUCAAGUCGGAGAUGCUGCUCGACCGGAAGGAGGUGGACGAUGUGCUGGGCGGGCCGGACGCGUGGAAGAAUGCGGACCAGGCUGACGCUUCCUGUCCGCGGUGUAGUCAUCACCGCGCCUACUACCAGCAGCUGCAGAUCCGCUCGGCCGACGAACCGAUGACAACCUUCUACAAGUGUGUCGAAUGCGGGCACCGAUGGCGUGAAGACUGA